AUGAAUAUUGAAAAUAAAAUGAUGAAAAGUUGUUUUAAAUGGAGAAAUAUAUUUUCUUUUCUUAAAGAGAAAGAAAAAGAAAAAGUUUUAUUACAUAAUUGCAUUCAGACGUUGUUAUCUGAUCCUAUAGUUGUUUUAUAUACAGACGAUGAUUAUAUAUGUACAGGAUCUUUAACGGGAAAAGUAUGCUUAUACAAAAUAACAAAGAAAGAAAAUAAGGAAGUGAAUACAGAGAUUUCCUUAAUUGAUAAUAAAAAGAAGAUAGAAUCAGAUGAGCAAAUUUUAAAUGAUAUGAACAAAAAUGAAUUUAAAGAAAUAAAUAACAAUUCAAAUAAUGAAGAUGUAUUGAGAAAUAAGAAAGAAAUAAAUAAUAAUGAAAUAAUUGAAAAAUACCAUAUAAUAUGUAUGUUUAGGAAUAAUAGUAUUAAGUCUAUAUAUAUAGAUAAACAAUAUGUUUACAUUUAUUAUGAAAACUGUAUUGAUGUUUUUUCUAUAAAAACAUAUCAAUUUAUAAAAAAGGUAAACUUAGAAGUUUCUAAUAAUAAACAAGUAAUAUACUAUGAGAACCUUAUUUUAUUUAAUAAUUCAAAAAAUUUAUUUAUCUACGAUAUUACAAAUAAUUUUAUGAGUUAUUUUUACAAAAACUUUUUAAAAAAUAUAGUUAUAUUUGAUUUCAAUAUAAAUUAUUUAUUAUGUUACAAAAACAAUUUUGGGAAAUGUCACAUUCGUGUUUUACAAAUUUCUACAAAUUCACAAAAGUGUGAUCAUGAAUUAAUUUUUUGCGUAGAUUUUUCUUCAUCUAAAUUUAUAAGUCAUGGGAAAUUUUUAGAUGAUGAAAAAAUAAUUGUAGCUAAAAAUGGAAACAGACUAAUAAUAUUUGAUUUUAAAAAGGCAAUAGAUAUGUAUAGAAUAAAAAAAUUAAAGAAAAAAAUUUUAGACAUUUAUAAAUCCGUUGAGAAUAUGCUAUUUAUAUUAGUAGAGAAUCAAAUACUAAUUUUUAAUUUAUCCACUUUUUUAUUUUUUAAAUGUGUCCAAUUACCAGUUGGUCUAUUUUAUUUUAAAUGGUCAUAUUUUAUUAGAUAUAAAAAUAAUAAAAUAAUUUUUUCAUGUGAUAAAGGAAUUUAUUUUAUUGAUUAUCAAUUUGAAGAAAAUGAUUAA